UUGGUUGGCCAUCGUCUUUUAGCCCCACAUGGGGUUUGUAAACAUGGGACUCUUCAUCAGCGCCUCUUUCCCUGGUACCAUUUAUCCAGCGUACACCAGCCUUAUGAUACUACUCGUGUGUAAUGUUAUAACGUUUGUUGUUUUAAGACAAUUUAGUUCUGCUGGUUAUGAAGUUUUAGAUAGUUCAUAGCUCAUAGUAUGUAGCCUAACUACAGUUUCCUCUGUAGCAGAAGAGCUGGCACCAUAGACUGUAUAAACAGUCUCUACAGGCUGGUACCGGCUUCACACUGGACUGUUUCUACUAAACUGUUUCUGCUGUCAGUGAGGGGGUUGUCUGCUAUUAGUGGAGAAUGUCAUUGAGACUGCUGUCUGUGGAUCCAUCAGACAGGGGCUCACAGAGAUGCAGGCUGGGUCCAGGCUUGAUGUCAGCCCUGGGUCUGAGUCUGGACUCCCCUCUGCUGGUUACUCUGCCCGGGGGAAGCUGCCUGUGCACCGCCUGGCCCCGACCUGACCUUGCUGAGGGCUUCCUGCAGAUGGACAUAAAAUGUUCCUCUCCUAGUCUGAUAUUUCACCCACCCAUACAUCUGAAUCUGGACCCUUCUCAGCUCAUACCUGUAUCCUGCCCUAAACUUAAGGGUGUUAAGAUAACUGUGGUGGUUCAGAGUGUUGAGUUUAGAAAACACACACCUCCUCGACUUGUUCAUGAGCUUGUGAAAGACAUGCUGAAAGGAGUGUAUGUCCACAAGAAGUUUGUGUUAAACCUGGAGGAUUUUGAUACAGAGAUCAGAUACAUUGUUAUUGAAAGUAUCAACCCGGAUUCUGCCAAUGCUGGAUUAAUCACCUCAAAAACUGGUGUGGAGAUAGUUUGCAUCCAGACAGUACAGCAUUACAGGAGUCAGCUGCAAGGCCAGGACACAGUCCCACUGGGGGGUCUGGAGGAGGUAAGUGCCUCCCUAAAAGAGAUGCUGCAGCUGCCCCUGCUCUACCCAGACACACUGAGCUCUCUUAGUGUGUCAUGUCCCAGAGGUGUGCUGCUGGUAGGGCCCCCAGGUGUGGGCAAGACCCUGCUGGUCCGCACAGUGGUGGGGGAGGUAGGAGCCAGCCUGGUGGUGGUCCAAGGACCGGAGGUGGUGGGGUCACGACCGGGUGAGAGUGAGGAGAAGCUGCGGUCGGUGUUUGAGCAUGCUCGAUCUGCAGCUGAAGAAGGUCCAUGUGUGCUCUUUUUAGAUGAGUUAGACUCUCUCUGUCCGAGGAGAACCUCUUUGUCAGCACCGGAGAACCGCCUGGUGGCUCAGCUUCUCACACUGAUGGAUGGGAUGAAUCAGUCGGAUAGGUUCCUCAUCGUUGGAGCCACCAACCGACCAGACAGCUUAGACCCAGCACUGCGCAGGCCUGGGAGAUUUGACAGAGAGGUGAUCAUUGGAGCUCCCACCUUGCAGCAGAGAAAAGACAUCUUGGCUGUACUGUGUGUGAGGAUUCCCGUGUGUCCCAGUGUAGACAUGGCGAAGCUAGCUCAGAGGACUGCAGGCUUUGUGGGAGCAGACCUCAGUGCUCUGUGCAGGGAGGCUGUUAUGCAAGCUAUACGGGAGAACUCAAAGGGUUUAGCAGAGCAGACAGUUAGUUUGAAGCACUUCCAGGAGGCUCUGAAGUCGGUGCGUCCCUCCUGCUUGCGGAGCAGCCUGGGCAGGACUGACCUCUCUCCAAUAACUUGGGAGCAGAUUGGAGGACUGGAUGAGGUCAAACUCAAACUGAGACAGAGUAUUGAGUGGCCAAUGAGAUACCCAGAGGCGUUUGUUCGGCUCGGUCUGAGUCAGCCUCGUGGCGUGCUGUUGUAUGGACCUCCAGGAUGUGCAAAGACAACACUUGUCAGGGCCGCUGCCUCCUCAUCUCACUGUGCCUUCCUGUCCGUCAGUGGUGCUGAUCUCUACUCUCCCUUCGUUGGAGACUCGGAGAAAGCUUUAGCACAGCUGUUUCGGCAGGCCCGGGCAUGUGCUCCCUGUGUCCUGUUCCUUGAUGAGAUAGACUCUCUGAUUGGCUCGCGGUCAAACGAUAAGACAGCUCAUGGCGUACACACCCAUCUCCUGUCUGUGCUCCUGAAUGAGAUGGAUGGAGUCGGCCUGAAGACGCUGGAGAGGAGAGGGACAGAGAAGAUCCUCCAGGCUGAGGGGGUGGAGGAAAAUCAGACACAGGACAAGUUGGACUGUCAGGAAGUAUGCAACAAAGAUGUGAUGGUUGUAGCUGCAACAAACAGACCUGACUGUUUGGACAGCGCCCUCCUCAGACCUGGCAGGUUGGACCACAUCAUCUAUGUCCCUCCACCUGACCAGCAGGCUCGUCUUUGCAUCCUGAAGCUGUGCACAAAGUCGAUGCCCGUAGGUGCAGAUGUGUGCCUGGAGGAGCUGGCAGCGAAGACAGAGCUUUACUCCGGAGCUGAUCUGGAAAAUCUCUGUAAAGAGGCUGCUCUGUUGGCGCUCCAAGAGGAGAACAUGGAGGCAUGUGACAUCAAACACACGUAUUUCCAACGAUCGCUCAGUAAAAUGAGCCCUUCUCUUACCGCCAAACAAAUCCUCACGUAUCAAAAACCUGGCAGAUGACAAAGUACAUAUGAUCAUUACCUCUGUUAUCACAUAUUGUUUUACUAUGCAAAUAUUGGUUUUAAAUAAAAUUAUUUCAAAAACA